AUGUCCAUCUCUCCUGAUGAAACAAAGGAGAGGCAGCUCGUGGAGAAGGCAGAAUUGCGCCUUGCCAUGGCAGAUUCCCCUCAAAAGUUCGAAACUAAUCUGCAGACCUUUUUGCCGCCCUUGCUAUUAAAGCUGGCUUCCCCACAUACUUCCGUCAGGACAGCAGUGUUUUCUGCGCUGAAAAACCUUAUCUCUAGGAUAAACACGUUGCCUCAAGUCCAGCUUCCCGUGAGGGCGCUUAUUGUCCAAGCAAAAGAGCCUAAUUUAGCCGCUCAUCAAGACUCUACCAAUGUCCGGCUUUACAGUCUGCUGCUGGCGUCCAAGGGUAUUGAUAGGCUUUCAUUGCAAGACAGACAGGAAUUGUUACCACUAGUGGUUUCCAACAUCUCGAGUCUCACGGGUACGGUAGCCGCCAGGAUGUUUCAUAUCCUGUUAAAGCUUAUUUUAGAGUGGGUUGCUCCCCAGGACUCUUCGCUCGAGCAGGAAGAAUUUGUUCAGCUUCUACAGUUGAAUGACGACGGUUACUCGUUUUUGAUGCGUCAAUUUACCAAGUUCUUUCUGCUAGUUUCAUCUAAGCCGGUACAGUCUUCUUCGCAGCAACCUCUAUCGAGAGGUUACACAUGCCCGGGUCUAUCUCUGGUGGAUGUAGCGUUCUUCACUUACGAUGCGGGUGUUACGUUCAGCAAAGACCAGUUACACAAGUUCAAAAAGGCGAUUUUCGAAUUUGUGUGCCACGGUAUGGCGGCUAUUCAAAUAACUGAGCAGUCGCCAAGGAUGAUUGAGCUGAUGAAGUUUCUGUGCGUUGCGUCUACGGACCCUACUUCUUUAUCUGAUGAUGCGGCACAAUUUAUGAAACGGUUUUCCAUUCCUUAUGAAGACGAAGAGUUCAUCACGUUUCUACAGUCACUGUACAUUGGUGAUAAUUCAAAGGGAAGACCGCCUGUCAGACCUGUCCUGCAAGAAAAAAUACUGACCAUUCUAAACAGAAGUCAGUUCGCCACCACGAAUGCGGAACGUAUUUCUUUGAUCUGCUCUGUCGGAUUGCAUUCAUCUGAAUAUAAGCUAAGAUCUUUGGCCCUCUCGUUUAUCCGUCAUGUAGCAAAAUUAAACUAUAAAAAUUUACACCCUGCUUCGUCAUCACCCUCAUCAACAGGCUUUUCCACUAGUAUCAUUUCCUUAAUCAGAAAUAAUCUUCAUGCAGAAGGCUGGCCGAAAUUACAGUUAGGGCCCCAGACCCCGGCUUUCAAUACUGCAAUUUUGCAGAGACAGCUGCAGUAUGAAACCUUGGGUGAUAUCUUGAAAAGGGAUUUUGGUCUUGUAAGCGACUUAUCCUAUAUUGAAUUCUUACUCGAAUCUUUACAAAAUGAUUUACCUCAAUUCCGUUCUAGUAUUCAAGAAUCUCUACUUUCCCUAGUUGGCCAUUUAUCAAAUCUACCUCCUCAAUCCAAAUCAAAUUUGAAAACAUUGCUCAGAAAAAAUUUGUCAAUUGAUGAGCAACAGGAAGGAGGUAAUAAUGAUACCGUUAAUUCUGUAAUGGCGCUUAAGUUUGUUUCCAUAAAAUUUGUCAACGCUGCUUUCCCCUUCCAUGACCCUGAAGCAAGGCUAUUCAAUCUUUGGGGUACUACGAGAACAAAUAGAUUUGACAUUAUUGAAGAAUCCUUUAAGGGAUUACAACCUUUUUGGUUUAGGGUCAAUAACGCUUCUAUCAACAAAUCUGCUACUGUUAAAACAUCGGAUCUAUUGGGUUCUCAAUUAUCAGAAACAGAAUUUCCUCAAUUUAGCGAGUUUCUCCAGACUUUUAUCAAUUCGCUAGAUUCUGAAUUUACAUCAAUUACGCGGAAAUCAUUGAACAAUAUCGUCCGGUUUAGUAGACAAUGUCUUAUCUCUAAUGCAGUUUACGGUAAAAAAACAAUGGUUUUCCAAGAUGAAGAUUGGUCUAUUAGAGUAGAAAAAGCUCUGGAAGUUGAUGACACAGUUGUGUCUCGAGUUAGCGAAAUUGUUCAAGGAAUGGGUGAUGUAACCUUUAUUCGCUAUUUAACUCUCUUGUCAAAUGAGUUCACAGUCACGAACAGUAUAGGUAACCGAGUGGCAAUGUCUCUAUAUCAGGAUUCAAUUUUUGGUUCUGUUCUCUUGACAUUAUUGAACUUUGUAAACAGUACAGUCUUACGGAAACUGGAUAAUAUUGUACCAGAUUUAUCCCAUUUACUGAUUAUGAAGUUUCAAUCGUCAAGUGAUAAUGAUCUAGAAGUCUGUGCAACCAUCAUUGGUAUUAUUUCAACUGCUAUCCCAGACUCGGAUUACAUCAAGCGAAUUAUAAAUGUUUCUGAGUCACAAGCAAUUGCAGAAACAUAUAUUGCAUCUUAUGUCGUUCCGAGAUUAUAUUUAAAAGGUCAAACAAUGUACAUCCAGCAUGAUAGUACCGUGAAUUUACUGAACAAUUUAACAACACAUUUAUCGCACUCCACUUCUAACAAAAAUAUGAUACUAAGAUUGGUUUGUCAAGUGACAAAAUACGGUUUACUUCUCCAUGUAAGCGCUCAAGAAAGGAUAAAGUUCUUGAAACAAAUCAUGGACACAGUACAAGACAAUUUAAUCAAUGAUUUGAUGGCCAUACAAACCUGGUCAUAUUUAUCAUUGUACUCAAAAGAUUUAAAUAAUCCCCUUCUUUUCCAAGAAAAGUUAUUUGAAACUCACGUUUCCAAGCAGAACGAUUUCUUGUUUUCGGUCGGUGAAUCCUUAACUGUAGUGGCUGGUAAAUGGUCAAGUAAAUACUUGAUCAAGCAAAUCGAUAUUCCAAGCUUUAAUGUUGCAACUAUGCAACAAAAGUUUUCCGCCACAAACGUCACAAUCAUACUUGAUAAAAUUCUUCUCGGUUGCGAUUCAACAAAACCCUCCUUAAGAAAGGCAUCGUGUAUCUGGCUAUUGUCAUAUAUUCAGUAUUUGGGGCACUUGCCAGAGAUAAUUUCUAAGUGUAAUGAUAUUCACUUGAGAUUCAUGAGAUUUUUAGCUGACAGAGAUGAAUUUAUACAGGAUUCUGCUGCCAGGGGACUUUCGUUAAUUUAUGAAAUUGGUGGCUCCGACCUGAAGGAAAGCAUGGUCAAAGGGUUACUUAAGUCGUUCACAGAGUCAACCGCAGGAGCUUCAUCCACAAGUGCUACUGGUAUUUCCGGCUCAGUUUCCGAAGAGACUGAAUUGUUUGAGCCCGGUGUUCUAAACACUGGUGAUGGAUCUAUUAGUACUUAUAAAGAUAUUCUUAACCUGGCAUCAGAAGUCGGUGACCCCGCGCUAGUCUACAAAUUCAUGUCUCUCGCCAAAAGUUCUGCCUUGUGGUCAUCAAGGAAAGGUAUUGCGUUCGGCCUUGGUGCCAUCAUGUCUAAGUCUUCUUUAGAAGAAUUAUUAGUAAAGGAUCAACAAACUGCCAAAAAACUAAUCCCGAAAUUGUAUAGGUAUAGAUUUGAUCCCUUCCAAGCAGUUUCGCGCUCAAUGACAGACAUUUGGAAUACAUUGAUUUCAGAUUCUUCUCUGACAAUUUCACUUUAUUUCGAUGCUAUUCUUGAAGAACUUUUGAGUGGAAUGGCUAAUAAAGAAUGGAGGGUCAGAGAGGCCAGUACUUCGGCUUUAUUACAAUUGAUUCAAUCUCAACCACAAGAGAAAUUCUCUGAUCAAAUGCUGAAAAUAUGGACAAUGGCAUUUAGAACCAUGGAUGAUAUAAAAGAUAGCGUUCGUGAAGUUGGGACCAAAUUCACCACUGUGCUUGCCAAAAUUCUGGCAAAAUCCAUUGAUGUGGAAAAGGGUGUGAAACCCUUCAAGUCUAAGGAAAUAUUAGACAAUAUCUUGCCAUUCCUAUUAGGGCCACAUGGUUUGAAUAGUGACGCGGAAGAGGUUAGAAAUUUUGCACUCACGACUUUGAUUGAUUUGGUGAAACACUCCACCAGUGCUAUCAAACCAUUCACACCUACUUUAAUUUAUGAUUUUAUCACACUUUUUUCUUCCAUCGAACCUCAGGUGAUCAAUUAUUUGGCAUUAAACGCUGCAAAUUAUAACAUUGAUGCAAAUGUUAUUGAUACACAAAGAAAAAAUGGUGUUACCAACUCUCCACUGUUUCAGACAAUUGAGAAAUUGAUUUCCAACUCUAACGAUUCUAUGAUGGAAGAUAUAAUCAAUGUUGUCAUUAAAGCAACUAGAAAAUCUGUCGGUUUGCCAUCAAAGGUUGCUUCCUCACUUGUGGUAAUUCUAUUAGUGAAACGAUAUUCUAUCAAAUUAAAGCCCUUUUCUGGAAAGCUGUUGAAAGUUUGUCUGACUAUGUUUGAGGAUAGAAACGAGUCUGUGAAUACUGCAUUUGCGAUUACUAUGGGAUAUUUGUUCAAGGUUUCUACAUUGGAUAAGUGUAUCAAAUACUCUGAAAAACUAAUAAUGAAGUAUUUUGAGCCCAUGUCAACAGAAAAUAAUAAGAAAAUUGUCGGUAAGGCAAUUGACUCGAUUUUGAAUUAUGCUAGAUCAGAAUUCGAUAAUGUGGCAAGUUUAUUCAUGCCUUUGGUUUUCAUAGCAUGCAAUGAUGAAGAUAAAGAUCUAGAGUCUGUAUACACCAAAAUUUGGACAGAGGCUUCCAGCUCUGGCGCUGGUACUGUUAAGUUAUACUUACCAGAAAUAUUAAGCGUACUUGGUACAAAUAUUAAAUCGAACGAUUUUUCCAUUAGAAAAACAUGUGCUAAAUCGGUUAUACAGUUAUGUGGUAGUAUCGAUGAUAAUAUUCCUUAUUCACAGAUCGUUAAGCUAUUUGAUAUAUCUAAGGAGGCACUAAGCGGUAGAUCGUGGGAUGGUAAAGAGCAUAUAGUGGGUGCAUUAGUUUCUUUAGCAGAAAAGUUUUCCCAAACUUUAGCUAGUGAUACUGAUUUGCAAGAGUCAAUUAAUCAUGUACUGUGGACAGAAGUUUCAAGGAAAAGCACGAAAUAUGUCAAAAAGAUACUACCGUUAUAUGCUAGAUAUGUCAGUGUGAAUCCACAAGAAAUGACAAUCAGAUUGUUAAUUGAAAAAUCUAGAGAAAUGAUUCGAUCAUUAGGCAGCGAAUCUGACGAUAAUGAAAAUUCCACCAGGCAGACGCCUGAUGCAACCACGAUAAAAAGAAUCAAACCCAACACUGAAAUUACACAAAAAUCAUCCAAACAGAAUAUUGAGAAUGAAGAGUAUGUGAUCAACUUGUUGAAAGUUUUCUCUAAUAUAUGUAACAACUGUAAAUCGAAGUAUCCAAUGAAUUUGCUUGAAUUCAUGAUAGAUGAAAUAGCAUAUCUUUUCCAUAAUGACAGAAUUAUUUACACGUGGAGGACGCAACUGGCUGUUAGUGAGAUUGGUAUCUCACUUAUUGGAAAAUUCAAUAGUAUUAGUAGCGUCGAAUUUACUCAAAGUGUGAAAAAACUUUGGAACCAAAUUUUCCCAAUAAAUAGUAGCAAAGAAACCAUUGAGAAUGUCAAAUUACAAAUGAUAAAAUUUGGUGGUUUGAUCAUUCAAAAGAUUCCAAGUUUACAAAACAAUAUUGAAGAAAAUUUAAGGUUGUUGAACAGUAUCGAUUCAACAAGCAGGAUCGAGCUGGAAUUAAAAAACAUUGGUAUAUGA